UACACCCACACACCUCGCUCUUUUUAUAUCACCCCUAGUCAGUAUUGACACGCUGAGGUAGUGGAUUGAAUUCAGACGUUGCAGCCUCGAACAGGUUAUGCCAAAUCACUAAUUCAGUUCCACUGGGUUUGAGAUAUCGGUCGCAGUGCACAGGGCAGGGAGAGCUAAUCAAAAUUUUCCCCUUCUUGCGCAAGCUCCCCGGCCAUGGCAGCAACUCAACUUCCCACCAGUAGGGUGACUGCUAGGUUACCUGCAGCAGAGGAGAUGCAGGAGUAUGAAAAGAUCUUGAAAAUUAGUGAGGAGAUUUUUUCUGGGACUCACCCUAGGUUGAAAGUUCCCCAGCAGUUCGUGCGCAAAGUCGCGCCUCGCAAUCCUCCCGCGUCGGCCACAGCCCAGAGCAAGGCCGGCGGCCGUCCCGGUUCAUCCCCUAAACCUUCAUCCCAACCUGCCGUCUUGACGGCAAAGUACACAGGAUCACAAAGUACAAAUAUUGGAAAUGGCCCCCCUAGCACAGCCGCGUCUUCGCGGCUCAUUACCAAGCCUACAUCGGAGAUUGAUCCGAUUUUCCUGACCAAGUCGGAUGACCUAGUCAGGGCAGAGUUGCAGCUACAGCGCCAACGAGUGGAGAGAGUGUUACGGGACCAACUUGAGCAGAAGAGACUAGAGUCGAAGCAGAAAGUCUCCUUACAGGAUGCGAACCCUGACUUUGACGUCUCGGAUGUCCUAGCAAAAGCUUUGGAAAUAGUCAAGCCAUCCCCUUCACUCGAUGUCUCCCGUGCUGGUGCGCCCAGCGAUUCGUUUGACGAGAAUUCGUUCUACUCUAGCAGAGCCCCUGACUCUCCACCCCAGGGUGACCAGCAGAAGCCAUCCACGGCGCGCCCUUCUAACCCAGAGGAGCUUAGCGCUGAAAUCCGUGGAGAAAGAUAUUCAGAUGAGUUGCAACGGCUUGAAGCCCUCAACAAACCUGAAUCGGACCAGGAAGUGCAAGUUACUUACCCCGUUGCAGGCCACCGAAUUCUCUCUCACCAUAGGCAAGCGCAUCAUGGUGAAGGUACCCCAACCCACAAAGUUCACGAAGUCCGCCAGCAGGCCGACGCCAUGGAGGAGCCGGAGUACUCGCCCCCAGCUCCCGGUGUAGCACCAAUGGAAAGGGUGGAUGGCUAUGAAUCCCACACAGCAAAUCCGACCCCUGCGAAGCGCCGUAUAUCCGAUCGAGGCCACUACCCACGACGAUCAAUGUCGCCUGCAGAUAACGUUCGAGUAGUACGGAACCAUAUCACAUCCCCCGCGGCUCCUCAACCGUCCCGUGUCUCCCCGCUCGCCAUUGCGAAGGUGCCUUCGGUACAUCAGACCCAAGAUUCUCACUCAGAGUAUGACCCCGAGCGUCAGAGAAGCCCCGCGAUGCCUCCGCAGCCUUUGGUGUCUAGAAAGCGUAGGAGAAUACAGGACGAGAGCGACCGGUCCCGCCCACCACCAUAUAGAACGCAGGGUGCUGGGUCAACCAAACCCUUUAUUAAAGAGGAGCCGGUUUCACCACCUCCUUUUGCUGAUACUCCACCCUCAUACCGGGCACGUGCUCCUCAGGAAAGGCCUGUUUACAUUGAUAUAGCUUCUCCCCGCUAUACCCCUGUCAUGGAGAGAAGGGAGCCCGCUCUGAGGACCUCCACAUAUGAGUUAGAUUCCUAUGAUGAGACUCAUGGUGAAGCAGGGAUACAUCGUGCGGUUUCUCGACUAAGUACCCGACGACCAAUGCGAGAUGAGCAGGACCUGCGAAGAGUUGCGAGUUUGCAUCAAGCUCGACAACCCGAAUACGUUCGUGAAUAUAUUGACCAGCAUAGCCCCCAUUCUACUCGCCCAGGGCCUUAUACGAUUGUUGAAAGACCACCACAGGAGAGAGCUCGGUAUUAUAAUGAGCUACCAGUGGCCCAUGCGACAAGGCGUUAUGUUCCCGCCCCCGAUUCGCCCGUGUCGCCCCAAGUCCAUGAAACAUACUACGAGGAAGAGCCGGCAACGCGUCUUAUGGCACCACCUCCACGACGAAUCGUGGUUGAUGAGCAUGGAAACCAAUACUAUGAAACUAUCUCCGCGCCAAGGGUACAAGCUAUGCCUCCACCGUCCAGUCGAAUCCCAAGAACCGAGGUCUACGAGGAACCUCCACAAAUUCGGCACGCCAGUGUGCGGGCAGCAUCUGUCCUUGAGGAUCCGUAUGGUGGCCGAAGGUACGUGCAAGAAGUGCCUACGCAAGGGGUUUAUCGGCGAGUGACCGACUAUGCUCGGCCUGUUCCUGGUGAGCGGCGCCACUAUGCUGCUCCGUUCGAGGCCCGGGAGCCCUUCCCACGUAGCAGCAGCGUGCAAGUCCACGAGUACACAACUCGACGGGGACCGUAUAUGGAGGAAGCUGAGCUUCCCCGAGAAAGAAUUGUGCGGGUGCCCAGCGUUCGGCCGCCAACGACGCGGUACGACGAGCCACGCGAGGUAAUUCAGCGUGUGGAGGAGAGUGUGCACCCUGGCGGCCGCGAUAUGAGUGUGUAUAUGGAUGAGGAGACCCGACGUCCUCGGGAAUACAUUGAGCGGCCCGUCUACGUAACUACCCGGCCCCUGGCGCCGGGAGAGCGAUACUAUGAAAGUGGCGAGCCAGAGCGCGUUGUACUCGAGGGGCCGAGAGAUGUUGUCCAUCGAGUGUCGCAGCGCUACUGAGCGGUAAAUUAUUGUUGGGUGAUAUCAAAAUCCUUUUGCGAAUCUAUCUAUACAUACGGAGCACGGAGUCCCCCUUUGUAAUAAAAGGCAGACAAUAGGAAUA